UUCAGCGGCCGAGAUCCACGGAUCCCACGGCUUCGGAGCCGGGAUGUUUUCCUUCCCCUUUUAGCAACACGUGCCCGAAAGCUCCCGGCCCCUAUUAGGGCUUAAAAAGCUCCGCUGCGGCCGGAGGGAAUAAAUCAAAUUCUUGGGAGGGAAAAAGAAAAAAAAAAAAAAAAAAAAAGCAGAAGCGGCACCAAAAAAAAGCAGGAGCGCGGCGUGUUUUUCCCGAAACUUUGGGACGGGAGCGAGGAGCCGGCGGGAAAGGGAAGCCAGGGAGCCCAACAAGCGGCUCCCCGCUACAGGAAGCCGCGGCCUCCGGUGAUAAAUAGGGAAAGCCGGGAGCACAGGAUGUGUUUCGGGAGAGCUCGGCGGGACGCCGGGAUGUGAGCGCCGCCGGUCAUUUGUCCACUUGUCCGGCGGCAUGGCCACGCUCCGGCCGCUGCUGCUGCUGCUGCCGCUGCUGCUGCCGCUGGCGCGGGGCAGCGGGGCCGAGGAGGCGGCGGUGCUGUGCGCCGGCAGCGCCUGCUACACCCUGCACCGGGACGAGAGCGCCUGGAAAAGCGCCCAGGAGCGCUGCCGCCGGGACGGCGGCAACCUGGCGGCGGUGGGCAGCGCCCGCGAGGCCGAGCGGCUGCGGGAGCUGCUGGCCACGGCCCGCUGGGCCGGCCCGGCCUGGCUCGGGCUCGCCCUGCCCAGGGGUCACUGCGUGCGGCCGCACGAGCCGCUGCGAGGCUUCUCCUGGGUGGCCGGAGGGGAGCCGGGCAACUUCUCGGAGUGGGCGGCGGAGCCGGCGGUCACCUGCGUGAGCUCCCGCUGCGUGGCCCUGCGGCCGCCCGGCCCGCACGGCGCCGGGGGCUGGACGGACCGGCCGUGCCGCAGCCCGCUCCCGGCUUUCCUGUGCAAGUUCAGCUUCCAGGGAAUGUGCGGGCCGCUGCCGCUGGCGGGGCGCGCCAGGGUCACCUACAGCACCCCGUUCGGCGUGCGCAGCGCCCACCUGGCCGCCGCGCCCUUCGGCACGCUGGCCGAGGUGCAGUGCGACGGCGGCGGCGGCGACGGCGGCCGGGGCUCGCCCUUCGCCGUCUGCAAGGGGCCGCUGGCCGGGGGCGGCUUCGCCUGGCACCCGCCGGGUCCCCUGUGCCCGGUCACCUGCGGCCACCGCAACGGCGGCUGCCAGCAGCUCUGCGUCGAGGCGGCCGGCGAGUCCCCGCGCUGCGCCUGCCACCCCGGCUACGCGCUGGCCGCCGACAUGGCCUCCUGCGUUCCCGAGGAUUCCUGCCACCCCAGUCCCUGCCAGGGAUCCUGCCGGACGCUGCCCAGCGGCUUCGAGUGCGGCUGCGAGCCUGGGUUCGCCCUGGCACCCGACGGACGCGCCUGCUUGGAUGUGGACGAGUGCGAGUCGGGGCCGUGCCAGCACCGGUGCCACAACACUCCCGGCGGCUUCCAGUGCCACUGCCAGCCCGGCUACCGCCCCGCGGGGCCCGCUGGCCGCCAGUGCCACGACGUGGACGAGUGUGCUCAGCCCCACGCGUGCCCGCAGCUCUGCAUCAACAUUCCCGGCUCCUUCCGCUGCGCCUGCCGGCCCGGCUUCCAGCGGCAGCCGGGAGGCGAUUCCUGCCUGGAUGUGGACGAGUGCCUGCGGGAUCCGUGUCCCGGCGCCUGCCGCAACUUCCCCGGCGGCUACGAGUGCCUGUGCCCGCCUGGCUCCCGCCGGGAUGAGGAUGGGCACGGCUGCAGGCCCGGAGAGGCGAUCCCAAGCAGCAUCCCGCAGACCUCCAGCAGCAUCCCGCAGAGCUCCGGCAGCAUCCCGCAGAAUUCCAGCAUCAUCCCGCAGAGCUCCGGCAUCAUCCCACAGACCUCCGACAUCCCGCGGAGCUCCGGCAUCCCACGCACCACACGCGUCCCAUGGACCACGAGCACCCCGCGGACUCCGGGAAUGCCCACGGCGGGAUCGGGAGGCGGCUCGGACGAGCACAGCGCAGACGGGCCGCGGCUGCUGCUCUAUUACAUCGUGGGCAGCCUGGUGGCCAUCCUGCUCCUGCUGGCGUUCGCCCUGGCGCUCGUGGCUUGUAGGAGAAGGGCGGCCAGGAGGGAGAAGCCGGCGGCCAAAAGCGCGGCCGAUAAUUAUUGCUGGGUGCCCGAGCAGCCCGAGAGCCGCGGGGAGCGCAGGUAGGAAGGGGUUAAAAAUCCCAGUAAAACGGUGGCGGGGAAUUCUGUGCCCAGAGCGAGCUCCUCCAGCUGUUCCGGUGGGAUUUGCGGUCCUGCUGCUCCAAGGGUUAACGAGAGGGGAGAGGGAAUGGGGUGGGAUUUGCCUCCUCAGCGCUGCUCCGAAAGGCAGAUUGGGAAUUAUUGGGUCGUGCUCCUAAAGGGAAACUCACCUGGAAUUCUGCUGUGGCCCCUUGUGCCAUGCUCCCCCCUCCAUGGCUGCGUUCCAGCCUUGGAUUUGCCUCAUUCUCCGGGAAAAGGGGUCGAAAUUGGGAUGGAAAAGGGCUUGAAAUCGGGAUGGAAAAGGGUUUGAUAAUCUCUUGGGAAAUGGUUUGAAAUUGGGAUGGAAAAGGUUUGGAAAUUCUCCUGGAAAAUGGUUUGAAAUUGGGAUGGAAAAGGUUUGGAAAUUCUCCUGGAAAAUGGUUUGAAAUUGGGAUGAAAAAGGAUUUGAAACUCUUCUGGAAAAGGGCUUGGAGUUCUCCUGGAAAAGGGCUUGGAAUUCUCCUGGAAAUGGGUUUGGAAUUGGGAUGUGCCUCAGCAGAGCUCGAGCAGGCCCCUGCAGGCACAACCAGGGUGGGGUUUAAAGGCUAUUUUUGGGGGGGAUUUAUUAAAAAUCUCUCCCCUAAACCCCCGGAAAACUGCUCAGCAUGGAGCCAAGGAAUGGCCAAAAAGUAGGAAAAGCUGUGUUUGGAAUAACCACCUCCUCAUUUCCAGAGUAUCCUGCCCAAAUCCACGUCCAAACAGAGAAAACAAUGCUCUCCUUCCCACCAGCCGCAUGGGAGGCCGGCCUUUUCCUGUUGGAUCACGUUUUUUUGGGAAGGAUCCUUCCUGGCUCCAGGCUGAGCCUGUUUUCCCCCUUUCCCUGUGUAAGGAACACCCUGGAAUGGGAAUAUUUGCUGAUUAUUUCGGGUCAAACUUGUAACUCCCCAAACACUCCCCAGGUGCUUCCCCAGGUUCCUUGAGCUCCUUCCAGCCUUUUCCAGCGGGAAUUCUCCCCGAAAUCCUGAGGGGCACAUCCAGCAGCACCUCCUCCGUGCUUUAUCCAUGAGGAUAAACCAGAGGAAGGGCUGGAAAAGAACAGCCACGGGAUUUGAAGGCUCCAGCCUCUUCCUGAAUUUCUGUUGGAAUUAUUUUGUCCUCGGAGCCCAGUUGCCCCGGGAAUGGGGCACAAAGGAGUUUGCAGUGGGCAGGGAGCCGCAUCCUGUCAUUCCAUGUGCCGAGGAAAACCCUUUCCUGCUUUUUUCUUGUCUCCCAGCUCCAUUGUGAGCUGCAAACAGGGAAAUGGAGCCAAUGGGAGUGUUUUCCAUGUGCUGCCUGUGUUGGGAGAAAGGGGGGAAUGCAGCAGCGGGAUUCUUGGAAAUCCUGCCGAGAAUUCCCAAAUCCCGAGGCAGCAAAGCACUGGGAAUACCUGAACUGAUUAAGAAAAUGAAUGGUCCCAUCCAGUUAUGCCGGCUUGGGAUCUGUGGGAAGAGACAGCCUUGGGGGUUUUAUGGGAUAGAAGGCUACAAAAAAGGGAAAAGGAGGGAUGAGGGUGGAAUUAGAGCUGGGAAAAACCUGAGGUGUGCGGUUCAUUCCCGAAAAAACGAUAAUCCCCAUUUCUGUUCCAACCUCUGUGUAUUCCAGCGGGGAAUGAUGGUGGAUCCAGCCUAGGGAAGACAGGAAUUUGGGCCAAGGUUUAGUUUGGAUUCUCCUGAAUGGAGUGUUUCCUCCCUCCUGGUGCAAUUCCUCCUGGAUCCAACCUCAUGUCUCCUGAUUUUCCUGCCACAUCCUGAUCCGUGGCCUCCUUAGGGAGUUAUCUGGGGGCUGGUGAAUCCCACAAAUCAGAGUGGGAUCAUUUGGUGCCCUGGCUUCCACAGGAGACGGGAUGUUCAUCCCGCUCCUUGGAAUCUUUUGUCAUGGAUGAGUGCUUGUUUUCCCAGAACGAAACUCUUGGAUUCACAGGAUAAAGUUAUCCCAGUGCCACUUUCUGGACAGAAUUCCAAGGAAACCUGAACAAAAACAUGUUUGUAGUGGGUUUUAAUAAAGAUAUUCCUAAAAAUCCA